AUGCUAACGGGCAGAAAAGUGACUGUCAGCCAUAAUGACGUCACAAUACACGGCAGACCGGCCAGUGGCUGCCCACAGGGUGGAGUGCUGUCUCCACUCCUGUGGUGUCAAGUAAUAGACGAACUGCUGGUAGGCCUACAAACAGCUGGCUUCCUCACCUUCGGCUACGCAGACGACGUAGCUGUCUUGGUUAGGAGAAGCUUUCUAUUUAUUCUUAAGGAGCAAAUGGAAGAAGCACUUAAGAAUACAGAACUGAUGCCUGGCCACGGGCUUGACGGAGAAUACCUCGAUGCCAAACUCAGCUGGAAAACACACCUUGAAAAGAAAAAGAAUAACUUCUACGCAUCCCUAUGGGCGUGCAAAAGAGCAAUAGGGAAGACCUGGGGAUUUAAGCCCAGCAUCGCCCUAUGGAUCUACAAAGCCAUCUUACUGCCGCGGCUAACUUAUGCCGCGAUAGUCUGGUGGCCCACAGUAAAAAAGGUGGAUGCAAAGAACCUACUCAAAGGGCUACAGGGAAGUUACCUGAGGGCCGCGACUCAACUGCUUGGAGGAAUGGAGGAACACCGGGACGGGGCACACGAAACGGGAGUUCCUGGGCAACCCCCGUUCUCACUUAAGCACGACAAAAUCCCCAGAAAGUACCAGUUGCAGGGGGCUUUUAAGGUCCACAUACCAACUAGGGACGACUGGAAGAGACUAGGCUUUCCGGGCAUGUGCGGAGAUAGUGUGAAUUUAAAUGAACAAAUGAAAAAUGAAUGA